GGGGUCUGGGGGGUCCAGCUGGAGCUCUGGGCAGUCAGACAGGCCCUGGCUGUGGGUCUGGGCUCCCAGUUUGGGCAGUCAACCCUCAGAACAACUCUUGGCUUCUCUGCACACCGAGUCUGGGCCCCCCUGGCAGCCACUGUUCCAGUAGUGCCCCUAAAUGAGGGAGGGCUUUCUCUUGGCUGGGUGCUGCUGCCUUUCCAUCUGCCUUUCCCUGGAUGUUGUGAGACAUCGUGCCCAGCUGGUCAGAGGUGAGAGGAUCAGUCAGGAGAGUUUCCUGAGUGCUCAGGUAACUCCUCUUCAGGCAGAUGUGUCCCUCUUAAGCAGUUUGUCCAGAUGUUUGCAGCAACUGGGUGGUACCUUUGGACUUACUGUUGCUUUUACUGUGUUUUUACAUUUUCACACAGAUUAACAUCACUAGCCAGGAGCUUUGGGAAGAAAUGCUGUGUCUCAAAGGACUCAUUGUUGUUGAUGCAUUUCAAGCCUGGUGUGGCCCGUGUAAAACAGUGGUGGAUCUCUUCCAAAAAAUCAGGAAUGAAGUUGGCAGUAAUCUCCUGCAUUUUGCUGUGGCUGAAGUUGAUUCCAUUGAUGCUCUGGAAGGAUACAGAGGACAAUGCCAGCCUGUCUUUCUGUUUUAUUCCGAGGGAGAACUAGUGGCUGUUGUAAGAGGAGUGAAUGCACCACUGCUGCAGAAAACCAUCCUGGAACAGCUGGCAGGGGAAAGAAAACAUGGAGCAGAGCAAGUGCUGAUGCGAGACAGAGCCAAGGAGGAGGGAAGCAGAGCUGCUCUGCAGGGAGAACGGCGGGAAGGCCGAACAGGUAAGGCAGGGACAGUGCAGGAUGCUCUCUGUGCCUUUGGUAAGUGCCUCUGCUAAAGCUGGAACCUUCAGCCAGGGUUCAGCUCUGCUGGGACACCAGAGGGAGGAUCCCUGUCCCUGGGCACGGCCCAGCUCUGCCCAUCCCUGGGACAUCAGCACAGGGGAGUGUCCCCUUGGAACCCGGGUGAGACACCAGGGCAGCCUGGGUGUCUGAUAUCCCGAAACUCAGUACUUAUCCUUACAGUGUGUGUUUUAUUUGACCCCCCUCAUCUUCUGGCCUGGCGAGGGCUCUUUGGCUUCGUUCUGUCUCCAACACAAACACUGAAAUAGCUGCCACUGUUGCUAAACCCCCCGCCCCCCCGGUGGUUUUUGAAAGAAAACACAAACACUUGGGCACCAAAUCUGGUUACACCAGUUCCUGCCUUGUUUAAAUUAGCCACCUCUUCCCAAAGGCUUUGUCUCUGGUCCCAAAAGGGACAUUUUUUCAAGGCUUUGCUGGGACAUGUUUGCAGCCUGGGGCAGUGCACAGCAAACCCCGGGAAUCGCGGCAGAACCCGCCCGGCUCUGGCUGAGGCCGGUGGGUGCCGGUGGGUGCCGGGCUGGGCCUCUUUUCUUUGCUCAUCACUGACUUUGUCCCUUUCCUUCUCUCGGAGACUGACGGACCCCCCGGGCCCGGGGGAUCACGGCCGGCAGCGUGGAAGAGAUGCGGGGUUUGCCGAUAAAUAAAAGGAUUAGUGGGCAGC